UGCAGGGUGAUAAGAUCCACAUGCGAGUGGAGGAGAGGAGCCAGAAACGAGAGUUCAAACAAACAGAGAGAGAGAGAGAGAGAAAGAGAGAUAUUUAUAAAGUCACCUAAAGAAAUCUGCAUCAAAGUCUUUGUGGAUCAGUCCCAGAAUCCCUCAAACGUCUCUUAGACCAGAAACUAAGAUUUGAACACAAACUCAUGAUAGAGAAGCAGACGACUCUUGAGGGACCUCCGCCGAUGGGCAUCAUCAGAUCUUUCUGUCCACAUCUCCUCCAUCUCUGACUACAGCUGGAAUACAAACUUACAGUGAGGAUGAGCCGCAAGGUCGCGCUGUGGCUGCUGUUCACCGCCGCUCUGUGUGGCGUCUCCACCGCUCGCAAGAAUCGACCGCCGAGCUCCAUCCCGUCACCUUUCAAAAACACCGGCAACACCUCGGACCGUCGCGGCCGUAAGCAGGAGGUUCUCGCCUCGAGCCAGGAAGCUCUGGUGGUGACGGAGAGAAAGUACCUGAAGAGCGACUGGUGUAAAACUCAACCCCUGCGGCAGACGGUCAGUCAGGAGGGCUGCAAGAGCCGAACGGUCAUCAACCGCUUCUGUUACGGUCAAUGUAACUCCUUCUACAUCCCGCGACACGUGAAGAAAGAGCAGGAGUCGUUUCAGUCGUGCGCGUUCUGCAGACCGCAUCGCUUCACAACACUGACGGUCGAGCUGGACUGUCCGGACCUACAGCCGCCGCUCCGUUACCGCAGGAUUCAACGCGUUAAACAGUGUCGAUGUAUGUCGGUGAGCGUGACGGAGUCUGGGAAACAAUGAGCGAGUUACUGUAUAAACACUAUAGGCUGCUAUCUGAGGCUGUAGGACUGCACGCGUUCAGCACAGCAAAUCAAGAGGAACCGAAUCACCGGCGUCCAUUAGAUGAAUCACUCGUACAGUUCAUUUACCCGCUUUCAUUAGAAGCGAACAGAAGUUCAAUAAAAGCCCACGUGGUUGCGCUCGAGUCUUACGGACCGAACUGAGAAAGAAUGUGACAGAGACUGGAACCCGCCGGUGCCGCUGAGGUUACUUUAGAGUUAACAUCAUGAUGACGUUUAGACUAUAGAGUGACUAUACAGAGAUUCUAUAGAUCAGUAAAUCUCUAUUUAUCUAAAGAAAACUGAAGUUUAUAUUAAAACUAUUUGAAAUAGC